AGGCUUAUCUUUACCAAGCGUCCCCUCAACUUUCGAAUCUACCUGCCAUUCUUGCACUGCGAUGUCGUCCGAAGAAUCAAAAACUAGUUCCAUCAGGAGUAUCAUAGGCCGGUAUACUAAGCCUCCAGAACCAUCCGCAACGGGAGAGCGUACUACGUCUCGGUCUCUCAAGUACCGUCCUGCUCGACUUGUGACGAAGGCGCGAAUUAAAAACGAUCUUACUCCGGGUGACGAGAAGAUUCAGGAGGGGGAGAAGCUGCUUGCCAAACAUUUGAAUCUUCUAUCACAUGCGGAGCUCUCGAUUUUUAUGAAAUCACGGGAACGUCUGAGGAUAAGAAGAGAGGAUAUUCUGACUGCAUGUGACGCUAGUCUCAUAACGUUGAAGACUCACAUUGCCCCAUUCCUAUAUAACAUCAAAGCGCGGGAAUGGUACAACGCCAUUGAGUCGCUGAUUGACAAAAGACAAGAGGAGCAGCCUGAUAAAGAUGAGGCUGGAAAUGCAGUAUCGCCUUUCGUCCAGAGGAACCACUCCGAGUCCAGCAGCUUUGACAGGUUCCGUUCGACGUUGUCAAGCAUCCACCUGGGCACAAAUGGUAUACUCCGAUUUCAUAGAGCUCAGUCGCUGUCUCUCAAGAGUUCGGGAGACAAUGCGUUGGGUAUGAUCAGUUUAGUGCCGCAUCCCUUUGAAGGCAUGACACCAUCUUCCGCAGAGCAUUCUGUUAUAGUGGAACAUUGCAGUCCAAGGGACAUGUCACCCUUCGUUGAAUGGUUAGAUGAUCAGCUUCGCCAGGUAGACGAGACCCAAUCCGAGCAUCUUAGGGUCUUUCUACGGGACAUCUGCACAUCCAACGAAGUUCUGGACGAUUCCGCGCUGACCAAUAUUGAAAACGUUAUAGAAGUCGCGUCCACGCUUGACCCAAAGCAGUUUGUAGAAGAGCUUGUGUAUCGGCGGAAUGCAUGUCUAGGCUCGCCCUCAGCUUCUGCCACAGCAUAUACUCGGAGUGUUUCGAGUUCUGCAACUGUUCCUUUACCAGACGAAGUCCAAGAUUCGAAGGAAGGUCUGGGCCAUGCAGAUGGGCUACUUCAUCCAUUCCAGCACUCAAAUUUACGCGGAGGUAGAUCUCCUAUACCCAAAGUUAACUUGCGAGAGGGAGAGGGCAGAUCCUCUCAUGCAGGGGCCAACUCCACUGGUUCGGACGCAUCCUCUUCGCAUAGCGAGCAAGUGGCACAAAGAUACCUUUCUUUAAAUUGUUCCAACCCUCUGACAUCAAUCUAAGCAUUCGUCUAUUGCAUAGCAGGACGGCCUGUAUAUUCAUCAGCUUCGUAGUCAGUAUUUCAUAAUUUGCGACCGUUGCCGCUUUACGAACGAAAUCUCUGAUAACUGUAUUCGAAGAACAUGACGGCUUAUAAUGAGAACCCGGAGCCCACUCCGCCACAGCGGAGCAGUGGUCUCCUAUGGAGAUCUCUGGCAUAGUCAUUACAUCGAUAUGGUCCCCCGCUUACAAGUCUCUCGUCGAUGAGAUGAGUUCAGACAGGCAUGCGCUCGAACCUCGCUGGCUCUGAGCAGCCUAGCGUAUAGCUGCUAACCAUGAAUAACAUUCAUUUGCGCCCAUCAUUGCCACCGACCAAUCGAGUCUGCAAGUUCUUGCACAUUUAAUC